AUGAAUUCAACAGAAGAGACACCAAAUUACAUCCACGAUUAUUCCAUAGUUUGUUCAUUCUCCGCAGUAUUUGCUAUUAGUGCUGUAGUCAUAUCUAUUACAAUACUAAUAUUAGUACAAAGAACAAAACCUCGUCUUCAUACAAUCAGACAUUUACUCAUGUGUAAUACAUGUAUUGCAUCGAUUCUUUAUUGCAUUGUGCAAACAAAUAAUUAUGUUUUUCUUUUCUUUAUACCUUCGGUGACAAGUGAUAUCUAUUGUCGAUGGCGUGCCUACUUGGCUUAUUUCGCUAUUUCUGCAGUUGCUUAUUCAUUUCUUAUUCAAGCAAUAUCACGUCUUUUUAUCUCUACGUUUUCAACAAAAUAUAAAUGUUUAAUUACAUUCAAAACACAUUAUAUUCUUAUAAUUAUUCAAUGGUUUACUGUUAUAAUCAUUCCACUACCAGCAGUAAUAACCAAAGAUAUUUAUUAUCGUACUAACCAACUUUGUUGGGUACCUAUGCAAAAUAUAGUUCAUACGAGUUAUGCAUAUAUUGCUUAUUAUACAAUACCGGCAUUAUCUAUUUGUAUGAUUUAUAUUUUCAUUUAUUAUCAAAUUAAACAAGUGCAAAAAGGAGCUAGACCUUUGUUAAGACUUAUACAUGGAGAAAAACGUGAUCUUGAACUUCUGCGUAAUAUAUUAAUACUCCUGAGUAUUUAUCUCAUUGGCGGAAUUCCUUUUCUGUUAUUCGUGUUCAGUUCUAACAGAAUACUAUAUUUAAUAGGUCUUGUUACGAUAUCAUUAGCUGUGGCUGUUGAAAAACUAUGUACAAUCCUUCUAGAUCAAGAACUUCGACAAGCUAUUAGAAAAUUAACAAUUAGAAAGACGCGCAUUACACCUCUUCAUAAUACGCACAUAACAACAAGAUAUCGAGAAUACCAAACACAGAUACAACGAGCCAUCGUGCAACCUUUACCAAAAACUCGAAAUACACCAUUCUAG